AUGAGCAAUCUAGAUUCAGCUGAAAAUGAUCAGGUAUCUAUUAUCAAGUCUCAUAAGUUGUCUUCCAAACUCAAAUGGAAAGUCGAUCUUAUGGUUAUGCCAUUCUUUAUGGCAAUCUACUUUUUGCAAUUUUUGGAUAAGACCCUAAUUAACUAUGCUGCAAUCAUGGGUCUCAAGAAAAACUUGAAGGGAAAUGAAUUCUCGAACCUUGGUACGAUUUUCUACGUCUCUUAUUUGGCUACUGAGCCACUUGCUGCAUACCUAAUUCAAAAGGUGCAUGUCGGAAAGUUUCUGGGUCUCAAUAUUUGCUGUUGGGGAGUAGUGGUGGCGUGCCAUGCAGUCACAAAGACAUAUGCCAGCUUGAUGGUGAUUAGAGUGCUAUUGGGUAUUUUUGAAGCUUCUGUUCCUGCUUGUCUUGUCAUUAUUGGAGGCAAAUGGUGGACAAAACCUGAGCAAUCUCGGAGAACCUUUUUCUGGUACAUGCAAGUUGGUUUGGCUACAAUUGUGGGAUCUUUAAUGUCGUUUGGAUUCCAACAUGUUCAUAAUACCACUAUAGAAAGUUGGCAAAUUAUGUUCAUGUUUAUGGGUAUUCUCACUUUUGUUGUUGGAGUUUUGACAUUUGUCUUUUUGCCUGAAAGUCCAUUAAAAUGCAGAUUCUUGAAUGAUGAAGAAAAGGAGGAAGUUAUGCAACAUAUAAAGGAAAAUAGAACAGGUUUUGAAAACAAAACAUACAAAUUCCACCAAGUUAAAGAAAUGUUGAUGGAAAAAGAAACUUGGAUUAUUUUCUUCAUUAUUGUUUUCUCCUUAACAGACAGUGGUGGAUUGAGUACCUUCUCCUCCCAAAUUAUGAAAACUUUUGGUUUCUCAUCAAAGAUAUCUGCACUUGUUCAACUUCCAUUGGGUUUUGUGGCCAUCAUAUCUACAUUUUUGUGUUGUUAUCUUACAAGUUAUGUUGGAGAACGUUCAAUAGUUAUGGCAUGUGUCACGGUGCCAACUAUCUUAGGUGCUGCACUAUUCAUUGGACUUCCUAACAGCUACAAAGUGGGUAAAUUGUUCGGGGUUUACUUGCUAAACUUCAACAGUGCUAUUAUUGCUCAAGUUUAUUCGUGGAACGCAGCAAACACUGCAGGCUACACAAAAAGAAAUGCAAGAAAUGCAAUGACUUUGAUGGCAUUCUGUAUUGGUAAUUUGAUUGGUCCACAAUUGUUCCAGGCUAAGGAUGCCCCGGAGUAUGUUCCUGCAAAAAUCGUCUUGUUGGUGUUUUUAUCCUUAGCUUGUGUUCUAUCCAUUUGUCUAAGGUUUGUUGUUAGACAUGAAAACAAGCGUCGUGAUAGACUUACAGAAGGAUAUACUGAGGAAGAAAAGAACAAAGAUGUUUUGCUGUUGGACUUAACUGAUCGUGAAAACUUAAACUUCAGAUACGCAUAUUAA